CUCCUUCCACGUGCCGCUUUCCCUCCAUAAAAACACCUGCAAAUCCCCACCCUGAACAAAAUAUCACCCAGAAACUCAAACCAACCAAAUUUCCAAAAUUCUCUCAAAGAUGGGCUGCUCCGCCUCCAAACGCAACCAAGCCAUCGUGGACAUCUACCGUCCGCCACCAACAAGCUUUGCCGUCUUCGAUAUCAACGCCAUAGAUGAACCAUGGGUAAAGGUGGAGCAAGCCCAGCAGGAGAAUCAGGAGAAGAAGCCAACGCACGUGCCGGCUGUGAUUCUUGAGAAGCUCAACACUUUCGAAACUGAUGCUCCUUACUCCUGGGACGAGGUUAGCAAAGCCCUGGAAAAUCUCAAGCCUACCCUUAACAACAAUAACAAGAAACUCCCAGCUCCUACGUCGCCUCCAAAACCAGCAAAACAAGUUAACAAGCAACAGCCACGUAAGUGCUUAACUUUCCAUACCCUAGAAGAGUUGGACGCUAAGCUGUCUUCAAAACCUGCUGCAAACGAGUUAAGAAAAACGGAGUCAAUGGGAAAGGAGACGGGAACCAAAACCAAAACCAAAACCACCGAGUUAAACAACCCGGAGCCUUCAAAACCUGCUGCAAACGAGUUAAGAAAAACGGAGUCAAUGAGAAAGGAGACGGGAACCAAAACCAAAACCACCGAGUUAAACAACCCGGAGCCGCCAGUUCCAGACUCAACAGGGUUCAAGUCAGUAAAAGAGAACAUAUUCAUAUUAAGGGACAGACAAGAGAGGGAAAAAGAGGGAAGGAUGGGGAAUUACGAUAAAUUAAUGAGCAAACGAGACCCGUUGAGCCAGUUCCCAGAGAUGUGCCCACCAGGCGGUGCCGACUCGGUGGUCAUCUACACGACGUCGUUGAGAGGGGUUCGGCGUACGUUCGAGGAUUGCACCAAGGUCCGAGAGAUAUUCGAAAUCCAACGCGUGGUGUUCGACGAGAGAGACGUGUCGCUGCAUGGGGAGUUCCUGAACGAGUUAAGGAGCAUCCUAGGGAAAGAGGCGAGCGUGCCGAGGGUGUUCGUGAAGGGACGAUACGUGGGGGGAGUGGAGGAAGUGAGCGAGUUGGACGAGUCGGGGAAACUGGGGAAGAUACUGAACAAGGCACGUGUGGAGAAAGGGGUGGGAAGGCAAGCGUGUGGAGGGUGCGGGGGAGCGAGGUUUGUGCCAUGUUUGGAGUGUGGAGGAAGCUGUAAAGUGGUGGUGAGUGGCGACAAGAGAGAGAGGUGCGGCAAGUGUAAUGAAAACGGGUUGGUUCACUGUCCAGCUUGUGUUUAGUGGUUCCCAUUUGUAGCAAAGGAAUGAAAGUUAGGUGUCCUUUUUUUGUAACUUUGUGUUAAUAGUUUGUGGAUUAUGUGAGAAGCCCUUUAAAAUUGAAAGACAAGUGGGAAAAGCAAAGGAUGGAAUUUCAAUUGUUUAGCUUUUGUAUGCAAUAUAUAGUAAUGAAUAGUUUUGAGGUUAUGAUGUGUGGUCAUAAUUUUUCUUUUUUUUAAUGGAAGGUGCAGCAUAUGUCUUA